AAUAAUUGCGAAUCCACCUUACCAUCGCGUUACGUGUGCACGGAUCUCCUUCGUGGGUUUCCACAUACGGAACCUGAGAGUCUUUUGAGAUUUCGUGGGAAUUAUUUACGGAGUUGGCUGGGCUCCAGCAUCCACCGCAACAAUGUACAGCAAUCGUCUGUCAACAAUCCUGCGGUUGGCCACACAGGAUCAACAAUGGCAACAACACAGAGGAAUGGCCACUCUUAAAGCUAUCUCCAUACGUCUGAAAUCUGUCAAGAAUAUUCAAAAGAUCACACAAUCCAUGAAGAUGGUGUCAGCUGCCAAGUACAAUCGUGCAGAGCGCGACUUGAAACAAGCUCGUCCUCUUGGCGUUGGUACAAAGACGUUUUACGAACAAGCUGAGAUCCAGGCACCACCAGAGGAACCGAAGAAACUUGUCAUUGCCGUGACCAGCGAUCGUGGUCUGUGCGGUGCCGUGCACACUGGAGUAUCUCGUAACAUUCGCGACCGAUUGCUAGCUGAUCCCAAGGAUCGCGAGAACACGAAAAUCAUAUGCAUCGGCGAGAAAUCCCGAGCAAUUCUCCAACGACUGUUUGCGAACAAUAUACUCUUCGUUGCAUCCGAGGUUGGUCGUAAGCCACCAACAUUCAACGACGCAGCCAAGAUAGCUAUUCAAGUAAUGAACAGCGGCUAUUCCUUUGGUUCUGGACGUAUAGUAUACAACAGAUUUAAAUCUGUGGUAUCAUAUGCAGUUGAUGAUUUGCCAUUAUUUGAUAAAAAUGCAGUAGUUACUGCACCAAAGCUUUCAUACGAUUCACUUGACGAGGAGGUGAUACAAAGCUAUUUGGAGUUUUCCCUCGCCUCGUUGUUGUUUUAUUCGAUGAAAGAAGGUGCUUGCAGCGAACAAUCUAGCCGUAUGACAGCGAUGGACAAUGCUAGCAAAAACGCCGGAGAGAUGAUUGACAAACUCACUCUCACUUUCAAUCGCACUCGACAGGCUGUGAUCACCAGAGAAUUGAUCGAAAUUAUUUCCGGUGCCGCAGCUUUGGAAUAAGAAAUAUCCUGGAGGGAUAAUUAGUUUCUCAAUUUUUAGUGCGGGCAAAUAAAAUAAGAAUGUAUUGUUGGAGAAAGAAGAAAAAUAAGAAGAGAAAAGAUUGUUAUGCUGGCAAAAGAUGAAAUUUCCGAUCGACUUGAAUGGUAUGAAUUAUAUGCAGUUGUUUUAUGAAAACCAAAAAUACUUUACAUACGUUGUUUAUGUGCCCAAGCUAUUCAAUAAAUCGAUCGAAUUAGAAAACCA